AUGGAGAGCCUGCUGGAUAAUCCAAUGAAAGCCGUUCUGUACCUGAAGGAGCUCACCACCAUCGUCCAGAACCAGCAGAGCCUGAUCCAGACGCAGCGCCAGCGCAUCGACGAGCUCGAGCGCAAGGUGGAGGACCUGAUCGGCGAGAACCGACUGCUGCGCGACCCGCACCACUACGUCCAGCAGCCGGCUCCGCAUCAGCAGCACCACCACCACCCCCACCACCACCAGCACCCGACCCACCGCAGCGUCAGUCCCCAGGCGCCGGCCCACCUCCAUCACCCGCACCCGGGGAGCAACAAGGCUGCGGUGCACCAGGCGCAGCUUCAGCAGCAGCAGCAGCAGCAGCAUCAGCACCAGCCACCACCGCCGCAGCAGCAGCAGCAGCAACAGCCGCCGCAACAGCAGCAGAUCCCCGGUCUGUCGGCCCAGCCUCAGCAGCAGCAGCAGCACCAUCAGCACCACCAUCAGCAGCAGCAGCAGCAGCAGCCAUCACCCGCUGCUCCGUCCUCCCACCACCCGCAGCAGCUGCAGCUCGUCCCCACCUCGCCGCAGUCGCCCAAAACGAGCCAAGCCAGCCCGGACUCCGGCGAGGAGGACAAGAGGAGCCCCUGCUGCAAGUCCCUGGUUCCGCAGACUCCCACCACUCUGUGCCGCUCGGUUGGACUGGCCAGGAAAACGGAUAACCAGACAGUGCUGCACCAGUUCUGCUGCCCAGCCCCCGAGGCCCCAGAGGGGGAGACAUCGACCGCCUGUGUCCCCAGCGAUGACCUUCCUCCAGGAUCGUCUGUGGGGGAGGAAGGGAAGGGAGGAGAGGGGGAGCUGCAGAGUGAGGCCCAUUCACAGCCAGAACCAGCACCGGAACCACAACCAGAACCGGAACCACAGCCACAGCUACAGCAGCAAGAGACUCGGCUACAGACUCCACCGCCACAGCCGCAGUCAGAGCCAGAGCCAGAGCCAGAACCAGAGCCGGAACCAGAUCCACAGCCAGAGCAGGAGCAGGAGCCAGAACCAGAACCAGAACCAGAACCACAGCCCCAGACCCAACCCGAAAUCAAACCUCAGCCUCAACCCGAACCAGUACCGCAGCCCACACCAGAGCCUGAGCCUCAGCCUCAAGUUGAGACUCCGAUCGAAGAAGCCGUGUGGGACGCACCUGAAUCCCCUUCGCCGUGCGGAGAGGUGCAGCCAGCAGGGGAGCAAGAGGACCAGAAGUUGGAAGACUUUGCCGAAGCGAAGAGAAAGCAAGAGUCAGAGGUCGAAUGGCGUGAGGGCGAGGCAGCUCAGGAGCAAGAAGCGGAGGAAGAGGAAGGGGGAGGCGCUAAAGGAGGUGGGGCGGCCAGGAGGGCCAGCCUGCACCACACGGCCUCGCCCAUGAGGGUGCAGCGCAAUGGCGCCGGCUCGCACACGGCCACCUCGGACUAUGAGCUCUCGCUUGACCUCAAAAACAAGCAGAUCGAAAUGUUAGAGCACAAAUACGGUGGACACCUCAUCUCCCGCCGUGCCGCCUGCAAGAUCCAGACUGCCUUCCGCCAGUACCAGCUCAGCAAGAACUUCGAGAAGAUCCGCAACUCACUGCUGGAAAGUCGCCUGCCUCGACGAAUCUCCCUGCGCAAGGUCCGUGUGCAAAACACGGAGGGUUUCUCUGCUGAACGGGCCCUGGCAGAAGGCUGCAACUUGGCAGGCAUCCCAUUGGUGCGCUCGCCAUCUCUGCCUGCCACGGUUGGUGGCACCCUGACGGACCUGGAAGACUCCUUCACUGAACAAGUCCAGUCGCUGGCAAAGUCCAUAGAUGAUGCACUCAGCAACUGGAGCCUGAAGACCAUGUGUUCACUGCAGGAAGGCGGCACCUAUCAAUUCACUGCCGACUCUUUCACUAGAGCAGCAGCAGCUGCUGCUGCAGGGGUGGGAGGUGUGGGAGGCGUGGGAGAAGGAGAUGGUGUGGGAGAGCCAGAGAUUCAUCAAGUCCCUGUGGACCCAAGUGACCUGUCAAGGAGUGCAAGCAAGCUGAUGAUGGCAUUCCGAGAUGUGACGGUGAAAAUCGACAGCCAGAACUUCAGCGUUUCAUCUUCAGUGAUGGAAUCGUCCACUUCUGUCACACUGGGCAGCUGCGUCCAGCAGGAAGGAAACUUCACCACUGUCACAACCGCUACCACAACAACAAACUCCACACCAGUCUCUGCUCCUUUUCAAGAACCCCCUCCUCCUCCUGCAGAGGUCCCAGCUGAGCCUAUAGAUCCCCCACCGCCCCCUCAAGAACCCCCACCACCCCCAGAAUCAGAGACAGAAGUAGGCGAGCAGGAUAUUGAAUUCCCUGCUCCUCCUCCGAGUGAGGAAGAGCUAGGGGAGGAUGAGCCACUUCCCCUUACUCCUCUUGAAAAGAUGGCCGCCACGCAAAGGCCGGAGAAUAUUGUGGUGGUGGCACCACCACCCACAGAAUCCCCUCGGGGCCCUCCACCACAGAGCUCUCCUGUGUUGGAGCCACUGGGGGUCAAUAGAUGUGGCUCUGAGAUGGCAGAUAACAGCUCGGAGCAGAUGAGCAGCAGCAGCACGUCCACAGAGGCACGCUCCACAUCGGAAGCCUCAUCCAAGGAGGCCCUGCAGGCGAUGAUCCUCAGCCUGCCACGCUACCACUGUGAGAACCCUGCCAGCUGCAAAUCACCCACGUUGUCCACUGACGUCAUGCGGAAACGCCUCUACCGCAUCGGCCUCAACCUCUUCAAUGUAAACCCGGACAAAGGCCUUCAGUUCCUCAUCUCACGAGGCUUCAUCCCCGACACGCCCAUCGGUGUGGCGCACUUCCUGCUGCAGAGGAAAGGCCUGAGUCGGCAGAUGAUCGGGGAGUUCCUCGGUAACAGCAAGAAGCCCUUCAACAGAGACGUUCUAGACUGUGUUGUGGAUGAGAUGGACUUCUCGGGGAUGGAGCUGGACGAGGCGCUGAGGAAGUUUCAGGCCCACAUUCGUGUCCAGGGAGAAGCCCAGAAGGUGGAGCGUCUUAUCGAGGCCUUCAGCCAGCGCUACUGCAUGUGCAACCCUGACGUGGUGCAGCAGUUUCACAACCCGGACACCAUCUUCAUCCUGGCCUUCGCCAUCAUUCUGCUCAACACCGACAUGUACAGCCCCAACAUCAAGCCCGAUCGCAAGAUGCUGCUGGAGGACUUCAUACGCAACCUGCGAGGUGUGGAUGAUGGUGCGGAUAUCCCCAGAGACAUGGUGGUGGGAAUCUACGAGAGAAUACAGCUGAGGGAGUUACGCUCCAAUGAAGACCACGUCACCUACGUCUCCAAGGUGGAGCAGUCUAUUGUGGGCAUGAAGACGGUUCUCUCUGUCCCUCACAGAAGAUUGGUGUGCUGCAGUCGACUUUUCGAGGUGACAGAUGUCAACAAGGCCCAGAAGCAGGCGGCGCACCAGAGGGAAGUCUUCCUCUUCAACGAUCUAAUUGUGAUCUUGAAGCUUUGUCCAAAGAAGAAGAGUCCUGCAGCCUACACGUUCUGCAAAGCCAUGGGCCUGCUGGGCAUGCAGUUCCACCUGUUUGAAAACGAGUACUACCCCCACGGCAUCACCAUCCUCUCGCCCUUCGGAUCGGACAAGAAGCAGAUUCUUAACUUCUGCGCCCAGAGUGCAGAGGACCUGCUCAAAUUCAUCGAGGACCUGAAGGAAUCAAUCGCGGAGGUGUCGGAGAUGGAGCAGAUACGUAUUGAAUGGGAGCUGGAGAAGCAGCAGGGAGCCAAGACGCACUCGCUAAAGAACAACGGCACACAGCUCGAGCUGCGUGGCUCCACGUCAGGAAACCAGGAGGUAGACGACAGAAGCCCACACAAUGCAGUGGAGGUGUCAAUUCACAACAGGCUUCAGACGUACCAGCUCAGCAGCAGCAGCUCGGCUCGGAGUCCCGAGAGCGUGGCCCUUCUUAACCACCGGGGGGAGCUCCUUUUCCAGCAGGCGCCCCAGGGGCUAAUCCAGGGGCCGGCGCCUCCACCUCAGCACCCGCAGCUGCAGGCAGCAGCAGCAAGCACCCCCGUCCACCACCUCCACCUCCAGCAGCAGCGCCAGACCGCCGUCAGCAUGUCCGACCUGCGGCCCGAGACGCUCAUCCAGUGUCAACAGAUCGUCAAGGUCAUCAUGCUCGACCCCAGCGGGCAGGGACGCGUCGAGGCCUUCCUCAGCCAAACGCCCACCCACCACCUCUACCACCACCACCACAGCCAUCGCCAGCUCAGCCACUCGGCCAUGUCCACCCCGGUCCGCUCGCCGGACGGCUACCACGGCGGCGACGGCGACGACCACCAGCCUCCGUUACCCCCCCCACCUCCGCCUUAUAACCACCCGCACCAGUAUAUACCCCCCGACCCAGGACUCAGUCUACACCGGACCCCAAGUGACUCUCAGAGCAUGGUGUAA